GAGUGGGAGGGAUAGUGAGGUAGAUGGCUGAGCAGUGUGGAGAGGCAUGCGUCUCCAAAUGUGAUUCUGUUUUAAGAGAGUUGCCAAGUAACAGGAGGACCUGGUAGUCGAUGUCGUCAGAACCCUGCGAGGUGCAUUCCUGGUCCACGGUAUUCUGCGAUGCCUUCACAUCUGAACAAAUCCCAUUUACCUUCACAGUCGAUGAGAUAUGUCCUAAUACCUCUUCCAUGACGCAGACGACAUCACCUGAGAAGAUAUAACUGGAGGCUGAGGUUUCGAUACAUGGUGUGAGCCAUUCUUCCUGGCGCUCGGAGCCGUCUCUCGCCACCCGUUGACUCACAAACAAGGCCUGAGGGGUCCAGUGGGAAGAUGAUUGUUUGUCGGAUAGAAGAGCCAGCCAGAGGGACCUUUUAGAGGACCAGACGUCCACACGCAGGCCAUGGCUGUUUUCGUUACCUUCACCUCCCUCACCCUCCUCCUCCUCCUCUUCAUACACCCUUUACCUGCCCAAGUCAUCACCGGGUCCUUUGGUCUCCUCGACCCCCCGGCAGGCGACCCCUCGCCGCUUCCCCUGAACCAGACUGUGCGGCUCUCCUUCCCUCCCAGGGGUCGCAGCGAUGUGCCUGUCAGACGUCCAAUGCGGGAGAAGUCUGCGACCCCUCAAAUGCCACACACAGCAGCGAUGUCGGAUAGCACGAAGGACUUAUCAGAAGGGCAAAGACUGCCAGACCCCACUAUACACUCAGACACUUUUUCCAUAUCUACCCUAUCCAGCAUGAACCUCAGCAGCAGGCCGGUCCGUGCUCGGCCAACUGGCUCCAGACCAAGGACCGACGCCGCCAGCAUGGGCCUCAGCAGAGCAUCCUCAACGAGGGAGGCGUGGACAAAAGGGCCCCGCCCGACUGUGAUCUCCACGCCCUUAAAUGAAGUGAUUGACUCUGCAGGGUCGGAGCUGGUAAAGGAUGGCAGAGUGGGGAACGGGAGAAAUAAUGAUGGGCAGGAGGUGGGCUCAGUCAGUUCACCAACAACGCUCCUCUUGAGAGGGGAGCCACUCGUUUCUUCGGUGACCGUUGGCAACGAAGUAAGCAGGUUCUGGCCGGAGGCGCAGUCUACGGCCGUGGGAGGUUUGUCGCCUGAAAAUGCAAAUGUAAAGCCGCUGACGGACGCCAACCAGACUGAGGAACCCCGCCUGUUGCCCCUGACAACUAGGACUAGCAUCUCCACCACCCCAUCACCGAAGAUCCGGGUGGCGUUCCCACCCACAAUGAAGCCAACCAGUCCUCAGACUGGGACGUUAUCAGCAUUCAACAUUCCAACCCCAAACAGAACUAAAGGGACCACAAAAGAUUAUGCGACAGUCAGACCAGCAAUAACCCCUCUCUUUAAGCACCCAGUGGCAGUAGGGACUCUGGUUCCUGCCCAUAGCCAGACCAAUCCAACACCCGAGGCCAUCACACAGGAGAAAACGACCAUAACUGCAUCAAAAACUAAUGAUAUUAUCCAGGAAGCAACGCAGACAUCCUCCAAAACAACUAGUCCGCCUCCAACAAAAGCAACAACAGAAUCCACACACACAGCCCUGACAACAGUCAAGACAGUGAUGACUUCCAUCACUGCUACUACUUUCGGGACAGUUGGCCGAGGAAGCUUUGACCCCAUCCACCAGCCUGAUAUCGUUCAGAGGAAUCGCUCUGUGGCACCUGUGCACCGCCAUCAAGCUCCCACUGCUCCACCUGCCAAUCCCACCCCAUCUCCCAGCAUCAUUUCCUCCCCUAACAGCACGCGUCUCCACUGGGACGACCUGAAGCGUACGCUGGCCUUCGCCUGGGACCUCCACGUCUACGGCUCCGCCAGCCUCUUCCUCCUUCUUUUAGCUGGAGCCGCCCUGGGCCUCAUGCUGUCCCCCGGCACGGACUGCCCUCACCGGGGGGCCCUGGUUCUGGCCAACGCCCUCCUCCUCCUGGUGGGAGGGAUCCGGGCGGCUUUCUUUCUCCUCGAUCCGUACGGCACGCGGCACUCGCUGCCUCGCGCGGCGGUGAUCGCCCUGUACAACCUGCCGCUGCACAUGUUGGUGUGGGCGCAGGCCGCCAUGGCUCUGCUCGCCCUGAGGGUGGCGGCAGUGAGCGUGCUCCCCGCGCCCUUGGAGCGCCCUCCUCUGGUGGCCGUGUUGGCCGUGCUGCAGUGCACCCUGCUGCUGGCUGCUGACCUGCUCUCCCCUGCUCUGUCCCCCGUGGUGCCCGUCACCCUGCAGGUCCUCUCCCUGGGCUGGGGCCUCAUCGUCUGCCUGGGCUUCCUCUGCUAUGUCUUCCCGCGUAUCCGCUGCCCGGCUCCACCUAUUCCGGGAGGUGUGGAGGAAGCCGGGAGGACGGCCUGGACUGGAAGCAGGAGGACAGGGCUGAUCCUGGGCAGAGUGCUGGCUGUGUGCGCCCUGUUGGGGGCGCUGUGUUGUGGUCUACACGUCUAUGCCACCGUUUGGCUCUACGGACUCCUGAGGAACUCGAAGCACUUCACUUGGUGCUGGUGGCUCGUGCAUUUCUGGGCCCGGCUGCUGGAGCUGGCCUGGGGGUUCUCUCUGCUGCUGCUGGCCUCCUGGGUGUUCUGGAAGCCCGAGGGCGCUCAGGGAAGGGACGAAGGAGGAGCUGGAGAUGGAACAGCAGGGGAACAGACAUCCCCUUGCCAUUCUGCACCCACCACUAACAAGCACACCUGCUGGUCCAAGAUCGUGCAGAGCCUGAAGGGAAAGCCCUACAAGAAGUCUGACAGUAAUGGGGUUGGGAGAGGAGGAGGCGGUGGGGGGGGUGGGGGUGGGCCUGGGGAAUUGCCUAAUAAUUGGGCUGGACAGGAGCGGCCUGGCGCUGACAUCAGCAAGAGUCUGAUCCGGAACCAGAACCACGAGCUAGCCAGUGCUCAGCAGCGCUGCGUCAAAGACAGCAACCGUGGGCGCAACCAGCGGGGUGUGUCUGCGGAGCGGGGCAUGUCCGACGGCUCCACGGGAUCCCUGCUGAGACUGCAGGCGCUGGGCCGCCCCCCCCAGCGCUCCCUCAGCGGCAGCCUGGACACGGACAAGGACACGGGGGUCUCCCUGUACGAGUUUGACCUGAGGCCGCCCUCUCCCAUCGAUCUGACCCGCAGCAUCGACGCGGCCCUUCACAGGGAGCACCUGCUGGGGGGAGGGAGCCUCUUCCUGCCCUUCGCCACGCCCUCCCCGGCCCCGUCCCCAGGCUCGGGGAACAGCCAGGGCCCCUGGCUCCGCAGGAACAGCGAUCCCCAGAUGCUGUCUGAGAGCAGCGAUACAGAGUCUUCCAUGCCGCUCGGGGGCAGCAUCAUCAGCAGCGUCCCCAGCAGGCAGGUGACGGCCCCGCCGACUCCGUCCCACCAGGGUCACCGGUGGGGGGGCGGGGGGGCCGUGGGGAGCGUGCCCUCCUCGGUGUCCUGUCCGGUGUCACUGCGUCCCUCCAGGACCUCCACGGGGCACCUGGGGGAGGAGGGCGGCGACGACACGCGGCCCUUCAUCACACCAGACUCGGAGGGCGUGGGCGGCCGGCCCGGCAGGCCUGGGAGGCCUGGGAGGCAGGGGGCGUCGCGGAGUUACCUGGAGGUGAGCCGACAGGACGACUCAGCCAGCGUCAGCAGUGAAAUUAUUGACCUCUAACCUUCAGGCGACCGCACAGGACCGCCAUCAUGAAUAAGUACUGUUGUCGGUUGAGGACAACGCAAAUAAUUCAACGCAGAGGUUUAUUGUUUGUCUCUUCUAAAGAGUAAUUAUUUUAUUUGGGAAUCACAUCAAAUGGACAUUGACCCCCAAACAACUCUAUCAACGUCUCUUUUUGCCUUUUUGCAAAAGAAAGAUUCUAAUAGUUAAUAACGGAUGUGUAAAAGAUGUGUGUGAAUAUUGCGUAGACCGACAAAUAAACCAAACCUUUGUUCUGUUGCUCUUACUCUCUCUAUCUCCCUUCCUCAGAUCUAAUGUUGUCAUUUCAGUCCUGUUAGAGCUAGGCCUGACCUGGUGUGUGGGUGUGUGUGUGUGUGUGUGUGUGUGUGUGUGUGUGUGUGUGUGUGUGUGUGUGUGUGUGUGUGUGUGUGUGUGUGUGUGUGUGUGUGUGUGUGUGUGUGUGUGUGUGCGUGUGCCUGUGUGUGUGUGUGACUGUGUGUGUGUGUGUGACUGUGUGUGUGUGACUGUGUGUGUGUGCAUGUGUUGUGUGUGUGCAAUAAAACGUGACUUGCCAAAACAAAAAUUCACACUGUAUGUUCAGACUUUGGACCAUCCUGUUUGGACAGCGUGAUUUAAAUUUAAAUGAGGCUGUUUGACGAUAUGUGAGGAAACUUGCAUUAACUUUUAUUCUAAACUACACAACCAUAACCUGGUCUUAAAGCUCUUUUUCCACACUCGGUUAAUCGUAACAUAAUGAUAGAGAUAACUAAAUAUGCACUGUUGCUGUCUGUCACCCUUAUAUGCUUCAUGUAGUAAUGAAAGAAGCAUGUUGACAUUUCCAACUCUUUGUGAAGUUAUUAGCUUAAACUUUUUCUCCUUUAAAAUAAUAAAGGAAUAACAAUAAUAAUUAGAAGACAGUUUACAUUAGGAUUUAUGCAUUUUGCCUUUGGGAAAGCUAUUACAAUAUAUUUAAGCCUAUGACAGCAUUUUGAUUACGUUAUACACAUUCAUUUAUUCACUGAUUAACAAUUGCAAGUUCCGCUUUCCUCUUGAGUUACGUCUAAUCGACUUAAACAAUCAUUCAGUGGUAUAUCUGAUUUAAUGACUGCAGCUGAAUGAUGGGCUGUACAACACAAGAGGCUUAGCAUGGCGUUCAGAACUCCUGUAUUGAAGCUCAUUACAGAUCUAGUGUUUUAUGAUGAAAGAAGGAACUGAUGUAUAAAAUAUAUAUAUAUAAAAAAUUAAAAAUAAAUAUAUAUAUAUAUAUAUAUAUAUAUAUAUACAUAUAUAUAUAUAUAUAUAUAUAUAUAAAUAUGUGUUUGUGUACAGAACCCCACCUAUACAGAGACAAUAAAUAGUAUUUUUGAUGUAUAUUGAUAAGGCUAGAACAUAAAGUAUAAUAUUGGUACGUGAAAGACAAUCUAAUGAGGCCAAUGUCGACCGUUCCAAGGUGUCCUAUUUUUUCAAAACACUAUAUCUACAAAAAUGUGAUGGUCUUUCUUUGUUUAUUUUUGCUACAAUGAACUGUUGAAUGGUUAAACACUGAGUGCGUACUGUGUAAUGAUCAUUUUGGACUGUUGCAUUUUGGAUCGGUUGGAACAUUGACCAACCAGCUGAAACUCUGUUUCAAGAGAUCUCUGAGGAUUGCAUACAAUGAAGUAAUGAAUUACGAGAAGGACCAUUGCUUGACUAAUACAAAAGGAUUUGUAGUCAGCUUCUGCAUAUUUUAAAUGUUGAUGAUUGAUAUCCGUUUGUGUAUCUGUUUCUGUAUGUUUUAGGUAACACUUUAAUAAGGGUAAAUCCAUUAAUUAUUAAUUUACAUUAGUAAAUGCAGUAACAAGCAUUAUUGUAUAGCAUUAGCACAGUUAACCAACAACAUAAAAUAAAACCUUACUAAAAUGAACACCAUUACCUUAGUCAACAAGAACACUAUUAGUAAACAUGAACACCAUUAGUUAAUGAUUACUAGAUUACUUUUUUUUGUUAGUUAAUGCUUAUCACUGCAUUAACCAUUGUUAUACUAAUCAAUGGUUAAUUAAUGUACCCAUAUUGUAAAGUGUUACCAUGUUUUCUUUAAAUAAAAAUACAAAUACAGACUUUACAACAACUUCAAUUGUUCCUGUGCUCCUGAUGAAAGCAACUGCAGGGUUUCUGGUAAGUCGAGAGGGCUUGCUGUCCCUAAUUGUGAUGUCACUUCUAAAUGUGUUAUUAUGUAUUACGGCCCUGUAUUGUCAACAUUCCAGUUUCUCCAUUCAAUUUUGUUGUAUUGGUACAUGCUGUGACUUAAUGUACUUUAUGACCAGGGUAGUACUUAGCAUCUGAAACCUUAGGGUCUAUUACAGUUGUCUCUACCAACAAAACAGGAUGUGCCAUAGUUAAUACUGACGACCAUUACCCCUCUCUCUAGUCAGAAGUGAGCCACAUAGUGUGGAGCUACAAGUCUUGUUUUGUCCAUUUUGCACAUUGAACUUGUAUUUAUGUUCUUCAACUUAAUGUUUGGAUUGAAAUAAACAUGUGAUAAGCAAUCUUUUUUGUACUAUAUUUUGACCAGAUAGGGAGAUUACCCUGUUUUAAAACCUGAUAGCCCAUGUUAUAUAUAUUUUUUUCUCUCUUUACUGUAAUAUAACAACAUUUUCGUAAUCUUCUUCCUAUGAGCUGUGUACAUCAGUUCAUAUUCCCUGAAGCCAGAAUUUGAACAACAUUACAAGAAGAACCACCACAAAGACAAGGGCAAUUAACAUGGAAAAGGAUGUCGAAGAAUUGAUAAGCAACAUCAAUAUCAUGCAACGGAAACUAAGCUCCCUCUACAGUAUAUUUUGAAGUUCUGCCCUCUCUUUGGCAAAGCUUGUACAUCAUGAGGUCACACAUAAGUACUGCCUUCAUUUUGAAACCAUAGCAAUUUUGUCAUUAAUCUUGAAGUUAUUUCUCAUUAAGGGAAGACGUU